UUGGCUCGUUACGAAGACCAGCUAUGGAGAAGUGGAGCUUAAUGACAAUUACUGUGUUACUAGCACUUACUGUACGCUGGACUGUGUCGCUUGGUUCUUACUCAGGUGCAGGAAAACCACCUCUGUAUGGAGACUAUGAGGCUCAGAGACACUGGCAAGAAGUGACUUACAAUUUGCCCAUCAGGCAGUGGUACUUCAAUACAAGUGACAACAACCUGCUGUACUGGGGCCUUGAUUAUCCACCUCUCACUGCCUAUCACAGCUGUCUGUGUGCUUACAUUGCAAAGUUAAUAAAUCCUGAUUGGAUUGCUCUGCACACAUCUCGGGGGUAUGAGAGUCAGCCACAUAAGUUAUUUAUGCGUGCAACAGUGUUGGUUGCUGAUUCGCUGGUUUAUAUUCCUGCAGUUAUUUUAUACUGUUUUUCAUUGAGAGAAACAUCCACCAAAAAGAAGGUUUCCAGUGCUCUCUGCAUACUGCUUUAUCCAGGCCUCAUUCUUAUUGACCACGGACACUUCCAAUACAACUCAGUGAGCCUUGGCUUUGCCUUGUGGGCUGUACUCUGCUUGUCUUAUGACUGGGACCUUCUGGGGUCAGCGGCAUUUUGCUUGGCCUUAAAUUACAAGCAAAUGGAACUCUACCACUCUCUGCCCUUUUUUUGCUAUUUACUUGGAAAAUGCUUCAAGAAGGGACUGAAAGGAAAGGGGUUAGUGCUGUUAACUAAAAUAGCAGGGACAGUGGUGGUUUCCUUCGCCGUCUGCUGGCUCCCCUUCUGCACCGACACGGAACAAAUCAUGCAAGUACUCAGAAGACUCUUUCCAAGAGGCAUGCAUGUCUUCCAGGAUAAAGUCGCCAAUAUUUGGUGCAGUCUAAGUGUCCUUAUAAAGAUAAAGAAUAUAGUGUCACCUCAGACUCAGCUAAAACUCAG